AUGGCUGCCAUAAUUUUACAUGGUUUUGUCCAAGUAUGGACCAAGAACGGUGGAAUGUCUAAGUCAGAAGAAGCAUGCAUUGAAAUUAUAGAAGAAAAGGAGAAAUCUAAACUGUCACUCUCCUUCAGUGCUGGAAAGUGUAACACUUUUCAGCUAAAUAAUAAUAUUGAAAGCAUAGUCCUUAGAUCCUAUGAAGAAAAACGACAUCAACUGUAUUUAACUUUCAGAAAUAAGGAGUUCUUGUUUAUUGAAAGAUUAUCCUUCACAGAUGCCAAAGAUUUGAAAAUGUUCCUGGACAGAAUCCAUCAAAACAAGCUUCAAUCACCCGGGAGUCCUGAAAAGGAUGAGGGUGUCUUUACCAGCACAACAACACAGGAGGAAAUCAACAAGACUUCAUUUCAUGAUGUUCUUAAUAAAUCAAAUAGCACAUCCUUUGAGACAGCAAAAGGAAAUGGAAUACCUGUCCUUCAAAAGACACCUUUGCUUACACCAAAAUCAACAACACUUACUUGUAAAGGGCUGUUAGAAAAUCAAUACUGGAAGACGAAAAGAAUGCUAUCGUCUGAUUCAGAGAUAACCAAGAACUUCCCAGAAGAAAGUUCCAUAAGCAUCAAGAAACCCAAGAUGAAUAACUUGAGUUAUAUAGGCCACAAUCAGAAGAUACCACUGAAUUUAAAAGAGUUAAAAGAGAUUAAGAAAUUGGAGUUUAUGUCUUUACUAAUGGCCGGCUCUAAUGGAAACCCUUAUUUUCUCAAAAGACUCACUGAGAAAAUCCUUUUGGCAUUUCUGUUGGAAGCGAAGUAUGGUGAAUAUUAUCCAGAAUGGGACGAAUUUGAUAUGUUCUUUUACUUUGUCCCAGAUAAACUAUGGCAAGGCUUCCCCAAUUUGGGAAACACCUGUUAUAUGAAUGCAGUUUUACAGUCCCUAUUUUCAAUUCCAUCUUUUGCUGAUGAUUUACUCAAUCAGGGUUUCCCAUGGGGUAAAAUUCGCCUUGAUGCUCUUAGCAUGUGUUUGGCACAGCUGUUUCUUUUGAAAGACUUUUACAACAUAAAAAUCAAAGAGAAGUUACUUGUGAAUAUUAAAAAAUCCAUUUCAGCAGUUUCGGAUAUAUUCUGUGGUGAUGUACAGAAUGAUGCUCAUGAGUUUUUAGGUCUCUGUUUAGAUCAGAUAAAAGAGAACAUGGGACGGUUAAACACUAUUUGGAAGACUCAAAGUGAAUUGGAGAAAGAAAAUUCACCUCAACAAGUUUUUGCUGGUAAUGCUGCCACCGACGUGUGUAUAUGUCCAGUCGUCACUAAUUUUGAGCUGGAGUUGCUGCGCUCUAUUAUUUGUAGAGCUUGUGGUCAGGUUGUUCUCAAAACAGAAAUGAGUAAUUAUCUCUCCAUCAACCUUCCCCAAGGGAUGAAAGAAUUUCCUUUGUCCAUUCAGUCUACUUUUGAUCUUUUCUUUGGAGCAGAAGAGCUUGAGUAUAAGUGUGAGAAGUGUAAGCACAGGAGUUCUGUUGCAGUGCACAAGUUCAGUAGGCUGCCCAGAGUUCUCAUUGUGCAUCUGAAACGCUAUAGCUUUAAUGAGUUUUGGUCCUUAAGGAAGGAUGACCAGGCAGUCAUUAUUUCCAAAUACUUAAAGUUGUCUUCUCAUUGCAAUGGAAACACCAAACCACCUUUUCCUCUGAGCAAGAAAGCACGUAGUAGGGACUUCCAAAUAUGCAAAAUUUUUCAAAAUUUGAAUUCUGAAACCAAUAGUUCAUCGAUACCGUCAACAAAAUUGACCUCAAAAUCUAAGGAUUCCUCGGCUCUGCAUAUUGGAACAGACAAGGAGCCUGUAUCACAACAUUCCCAAAGAUUUUUUAAAGGGGUGAGCAGAGAACAGCAAAAAGGCCAGGGUAAAGAUUCUAGAUUAAAUAUAAUAAAGCCAGAAUUGCUAUGUUCUGGAGAUGGACGAUUCAUUAGAAAAGAGCUGUUUGUUGGCCCAAUAUUGCGUCUGGAAGACACAUAUCUUUCUGCGAUCCGUGAAGCUUACAGUAAACCCACCAGCAGUCCAGACGCACGUUUUACAAAAGUUCAUGUUCGAGAAAUGGCUGAAAAUCCAAAAUUGAAGACCUAUAAUAAAACCAAUUUGUUCUUAGGGUUAGAUUUUGAGAGUGUCACUAAAACUAUCAAAGGUUUUUAUAAAGAUAAACCCAGAAUUCAAAAAGAAUUCCAAAAUGUGGCUGAAGAGACCCGGCAAUAUGAGGGGAUGAGAAUCUAUAAAGAAGCCCUUCAGCAGGCACUGCUUCAAAGCUUCCCAAAGCCAGUUGCCCAGGGGCACACAAAGAACAUCAGAAAACUUACGAAAUUUCAUUUUCAUGAAGCUGACAUUAGUAUAUUGGAUUCCAGAAGGAACCCUGGAACCAAGCACAGUUUAGGUAAGAAGACGGAAUCUGUAGCCAAGGAACAAAAAAGAGAUGCUGAUAAGGGAGAUCCUACCUAUCGACUCAUUGGUGUUGUCAGCCACCUUGGGAAUACACCAAAUUCAGGCCAUUAUGUCAGUGAUGCCUAUGACUUUGAGAGGCAGCUCUGGUUCAGUUAUAAUGAUUUGCAGGUAUCAAAUAUCCAGGAGGCCGGAAUGCAGCAAGCCAGGCUUUGCACUGGGUACAUUUUCUUUUAUAUGCAUAAUGAGAUCUUUGAAGAGCUGUCAAGAAGGGAUGAGAACUCACAGCUUCAUAGCACUGAGGCAGGGAAGAAACCUCAGAAAGAAUAAGAGGAACACACUACUCAUUGUAUAGAUGUGCUUGAUUGCCUCACUCACUACCACUUCCUCCAUGUAAGGAAGUCUCUAAAUGCUAUCCAGAAAUGAAGAGGCAAUUAACCCAGGACCAAAGUUCAAACAGAAACGCUUACGGAGAAAUCUCCACUUAAACCCUGACAUGGCCACUUCGAUGUCACAGCUCCAGCUGAUGAGCAUUCUUCUCUCCUACAAGGCUAUAAUUGUGCUUUCCAUGUUCUAAUGUGGUGAUUUUAAAAAUGUGCUCCUCAAAUCAGCAGCUUUCAGGAGUAUGGGGAACUCAUUAGACAUGCAGAAUUUUAGAAUUUGCUAUAGACCUAUUGAUUCAGGAACUCAGGGUGGUGGUGGAGGACAGCAAGCUGAUAGAGAUUUUGAUGCUUGAUAAAAGUUUAAGAACCACUACUGUAGUGU